AUGACCACCGGGCCAAACGAUAUGAAGCUGUCUGAGGUUCCAUCAAAGCGUGAUACAGAGCAAGCGAUAACGGACGUCCAGGAUGGAGACCUGAAGCAGCACGAGAUACGAGACCUUGAUCCUGCUCUCCAAUUCAUGAACGCAGAGGAGACUGAGUAUACCCCCGACGAGGCUCAAUAUGUUUUGUCCAAGAUCGAUCGAGUUCUCAUGCCCUUGCUCUGUUGGGUCUAUUUGAUUCAGUUUGCGGAUAAAACAUCAUUGAACUAUGCUUCACUUAUGGGAAUUCGGGAAGACACCCAUUUGGACCCCAACUCGCAGCAGUACAGCUGGGUCUCGAGCAUUUUCUAUGCUGGAUACAUAUUUUGGGAGUACUUAGUAUCUUCUCCUAUUGCAAUUACCUUCCAGAUUCUAAUGCAUGACCUUAGAUUCCCCACCACUUAUCUGCUUCGCCGUCUACCUCUAGGCAAAUACACCUCGGUCAAUAUCCUGGUCUGGGGGAUUGCACUCGUCUGCCAUGCCACCGCCCAUAACUAUGCGAGCCUACUGUGUGUCCGCUUCUUCUUAGGCGCAUUUGAAGCCACAGUGACACCGGCCUUUGUCUUAUUCACUUCUUGCUGGUAUAAACAAGAGGAGCAGGCCAAACGCAUGGGCCUAUGGCUGAGCUGUAACGGACUGGCCCAGUUACUUAUUGGGCCCAUCGCCUACGGCCUAGCCGGUGUACAAGGAACCACUAUCGCUGUGUGGAAAAUUCUCUUUUUGGUACUGGGCCUACCCACCAUCCUAACAGGUGUACUAUACCUCUGGUACAUGCCCGACAACCAAGUCCAAGCCCGGUUCUUGAAUCACCGCGAGAAGCUUAUUGCCAUUGAUCGCAUUCGGGGCAACUUUCAGGGAAUCGGUAAUCAAGUAUGGAAGUGGUCCCAAUUCUUCGAAGCAUUCCGCGAUCCACGUACCUAUCUUUACGUACUAUUCUCGCUACUGAUGAACAUACCAAACGGGGGAAUCACCACUUUUGGCUCUAUCAUCAUCAGCUCCUUUGGAUUUUCCAAUCGCAUGUCCCUGAUUUUGAACAUGCCAAUGGGCAUUGUGGAUAUUACUUGCAAACUUGGAUUGACUUAUCUCUCCGAUCGGUUCUUUGAUCGCACCCUCUUUGCCAUAAUCGCUAUUCUGAUUCCCAUGAUCGGCGGUAUCAUGAUGAUUGUGAUCCCAGUUGAAGCCAAAGCUGGCUUGCUCAUUGGAUACUACUUCAUCGGUGCCGCCGGAACUGCAUGGUGUCUUGUGAUGGUGAUGAUCUCCAACAACACCCUAGGAUACACCAAGAAAGCAACAGUGAAUGGCCUCCAGAUCGUGGCCUACGCAGCCGGAAACUGGAUCGGUCCUCAGACAUUCCGCUCAACCCAAGCACCUGAAUAUUUUGAUGGCAAGCUGAUGGUCGCAAUCAUGUACGCUAUGGCAGCGGUCACUCUGGUGGCAAUUCGGGUGAUCAACAUCAUAGAGAACAAGAGGCGCGACUGUAAGGCGAUCGAGGAGCCUGACACUGCACAUGCUACUCCUGGGUCUGAAUUCUUGGACUUGACAGAUUUCGAGCAGCCAGCAUUUCGCUAUGUGCUCUGA